UGUUCUCAAACUUCUGGUCGCAAGCAAUCCUCCUGCCUCGGCCUCCCAGUGUGCUGGGAUUACAGGUGUAAUUACGUAGAGUGUUUCCUGUACUCAAAUCAUAGAAUGUUUAAAAAACCAGGAUAUCAGCCAUGUUUCAAAACCACAUUAUUCCCAUGGAUGUUUUGUUUUACUCUCAAAACCCGAAAGCAUAAAAUCAAACCCCUACAUACUGGAGACUUCAGGCUUUCAAAGAGAUUGGGCAAAUCAAACCACCUUAUUUUUCAGGAUAGUUGAUAAACCCAUCCAUUGUUGAUGCUCAGAAUGAUUGGCACAAGUAGGAAGGAAACACGCAGACCUCAAUUUUCAUAGACCUCACUUUUCACAGUAUUUUAAACAAUUAUUCUUAGACAUGUUGGAAAGGGGUAAGGAAGAAUUUUCCUGUAGUCUGCUGCACAUAUUAUUAUUAUUAUUAUUAUUAUUAUUUUUUUUUUUUGAGACAGAAUUUCGCUCUUGUUGCGCAGGCUGGAGUGCAGUGGCGCGAUCUUGGCUCACCACAACCUCCGCCUCCCGGUUUAAGCAAUUCUCCUGCCUCAGCCUCCUGAGUAGCUAGGAUUACAGACAUGUGCCACCACGCCCGGCUGAUUUUGUAUUUUUAGUAGAGAUAGGGUUUCUUCAUGGUGGUCAGGCUGGUCUCGAACUCCAGACCUCAGGUGAUCCGCCUGCCUCGGCCUCCCAAAGUGCUGGGAUGAGAGGCAUGAGCCACCACCCCUGCCCUGCUGCACAUAUUCUGACACCAUGUGUUUGGUGAACCCAGACCCUGUAGAGCAUCUUUAACUGGCGAUUGUUUGAUAUAGGUGCCCUUCCCCCUCCCUCUAUUUGCCUGAUUUUAUUUCCCUUUCUAGAUUAUACCACUCAGUCAGAAAGCACUGAAUAUUUUGUAAGUUUGUUUGGGUGAGAGCAAGAAUAAUCUUUUCUUGAUUUUUUUUUUUUUUUUUUAAACCUUUAACUGCUGCUGAGGUUGAGACAUAAGCUAUCUAGCAUACUGUUACCUGAAACACACAUGGCGGGAGGGAAGGUGGUACAGUCCUGCCAUUGCAGACCAGUGGGAAAGGCCAAAGAGUGUUUUGAGUAGCAAUGUACAUGGUCAAAGCAUCAUAUAAUGUACUAUUUCAUUUGAGUUUGAUUAUGCACUUUGAACCUGGCUGGUUAGGAUUUGAUAGACAGUUAUUGGUUUGGGAUUUUUUUAAUGAAAAUUAACAAAAUAUAUAUAUAAAUAUACACACAUACAUGUGGAUAGUUCUUUCUGUGUCUUAAGUUCUUUGUAUGCAUGCAGCUGUUGUGAUCACAUGUCUGAUGGGCAGGUAGAAGUAGACAUAGAGUUCCUGUGUUUCCCAGGCUGGCCUUCAACUCCUGGGCUCCAGUUAUCCUCCCUCCUGGGCCUCCCAAAGUGUUGAGAUUACAGGCGUGGGCCACCGUGCCUGGCUCUACAUUUACUCUUUAAAUACUUUCCUAUUGGAAUGAAAGAGGCAGGGUGGCUCACACCUAUAAUCCCAGCACUUUGGGGAGGCUGAGACAGGAGGAUUCCUCGAGGCCAGGAGUCUGAGACUAGCCAGGUCAACAAAGCAAGACCUCCCUGCUGUUUCUUAAAAGAAGGGAAAAAAUCUCAAGUUCCCAUUUGGGUAUCUUUUGGAAACUGCUGAUAGCUCAGCCUUUGUUGUUAUUGUUGGUAUUUUCUCCAAACACACUCUCAGUUUUACCAUUUUGUUUUUGUGAACUAAGCAAGAACAGGAAUUAAUUUAUACAGUUAAUCCUAUCUGGACAAAUUCUGGAAGGUUACUGAAGUCUCUUUCACUUCUUAAAGUGUUUUCAUUUAAGAAAAAAGUCUGUAAUUGUAGUCUGCACAAUUGUAGCCCUAUCCCUCCCCGUGAGGUCCCAUACUCUGGAGGCAUUGAGGUUAGGCAGAAGGCACAGGAGUGGGGCCAGGGCCCAUUGCGUCUGGAACUGAUGGCUGCCUCUGACCUCAUGGACAUCCCUGCACCUUCUUCCUGGUGCUCACCAGCAGGUGCAGGUAUUCAGCCAUCUCUGGGUUCGUUUCCCCUUUCUCCGUGGUCUAUAUUCCGUGGUGUGAAUAGCCUGUAAGGGCAAAUAUCCUAUUUGGGUACAACCACUUUACUCUUACUCUGUCAGAAUCUGUGAAAGCGUUUUUUCGGCUUUCUUGUUUGCUGUGUUCCUUUAAAGACGGUUGAGAUAAAACCACUCAAAAAUAAAUAGUUUUUUGCCUUAUACUUACUAAAAUAUUAAUUUAUUCCAAAGUUGUCUUUAUUUACUUUUCACUGACCUCAUAGGGAAAACUUAGACAACUAAGAGAAACAUGAAACAUUCUCAGAGGAAGGAGUAAUGAGCAUGGUUCUGCAUUAAUGUGUUCUCUCCUUAGCAGAAGAUAUAGAACUACUGCAGCUCGGGCCAGGCAUUGUGGCUCAUGGCUGUAAUCCCAGCACUUUGGGAGGCAGAGGCGGGUGGAUCCCUGGAGUCCGAGACCAGCCUGGGCAACAUAGUGAAACCCCAUCUCUACAAAAAAUACAAAAAUUAGCCAGGUGCGGUUACAGGCGUGCUGCGCCUGUAGUCCCAGCUACUCAGGAAGCUGAGGCAGAAGGGUUGCUUGAGCCUGGGAGGCGGACGUUGCAGACAGCCAAUAUCACACUACUGCACUCCAGCCUGGCGACAGAGUGAGACCUUGUCUCAAGGAAAGCAACACCACAAACUGCAGCUCAUUCUUUCUAAAGAUAUCUGGAAAAUGACAAAAGAGAGAGUAACACAUCCAGAUUCAGUUCCCUACCAUGAGAAGUUCCUUUUGCCUUGUUUGUGGAUAUUGUUGUAAGUUCAUUGCAGCUGCCUUGAGUAACGUACAGAGGCUAAUGUGAUCAAAGAAAGAUUCAUCCCUUGUUUUUCUAGUUAAAAGUCAUAGCACAGGUUUCUAGUAACAUUCAAAUGAUAAGACACUGUCCGUAAUGCUAAUUACAAAAAUGCAGUAUGUAUAGUAAUUUGGUACAGCAUUUAAGGGGGGUGAUGCCCUCCUCCCAUCUCAUUUCCCUCCCUUUUUCGUAUUUCACAUUUAUUCUUUUGCCUAAAAGACAGAAAAUUGGUAUGAUUCUCAUAUGCUGCAUAGAACAUGUAGCUCCAUCACAUCCCACGGCUUUCUAGAGGUCUUCGGGGUUGGAACACGAAGUGUAACUUCUGUUUCUGUUUUUCCUUGAAUUCUUUUGUUUCCUGGCCCUUUUCCAUCCUGUCAGUUCCCCUUAACUUACCACCCACUGUCCUCCAUACUCCCCCUCUGUGUUGGUUGUCUCAAAACAGCAUUCAGCGGAAUUCACUGAGUAGGUGAAUUCUGUGAAGUUGCCUUUUCUGGCAGUGCUGUUGCUCAGUGAUGCACAAACGUGGCAUUUGCCCUUUGGUAGACAAAGAUCUGGGUUUUUUUGUUUUGUUUUGUUUUUUUGGUUUUUUGUUUUUGUUUUGUUUUGAGACAGAGUCUCCCAGGCUGGAGUGCAGUGGGUUCAAGAAAUUCUCCUGCCUUAUCCUCCCGAGUAGCUGGGAUUACAGGCGCCGCCACCACGCGCGGCUAAUUUUUCUAUUUUUAGUAGAGAUGGGGUUUCACCAUGUUGGUCAGGCUGGUCUUGAACUCCUGACCUCAGGAGCUCAAGUGAUCCGCCCGCCUCGGCCUCACAAAGUGCUGAGAUGACAGGCGUAAGCCACUGCGCCCGGCAAAUCUGGCUAAUAUUCUUUAAAGGAGCCAAAGGCAGUGCUUUACUGUUUGCUUUGAGGGGAAGUAGUGGCCGAUGUGAUUGUGACACCUUUUAGCAUUGGUGACUUGAUUUAUCUAAAGUUAACUGUUAAAGUUAGCUGACCUUAUACAAUGUAAAAGUAAUGAAAAUUCAGUUUCUCCAAAACAACAACACCACCACCACACACAGCACACAGUGGCUGAAGUUGUUAGCAAUAAGAAAACAGUAGGCAUAUAUAUAUGUGUAUAUAUACACACACAUACAUAUAUGCAUAUAUAUAUAUACACACACACACACAUAUAUAUUCCCCGCCACCGGGAAUCCACGUUCUCCUCCUGGGUAAAGGAGAGGGUUGUAUUUUGUGAUUCCUUUUUCCUGCCCCAAGUGGCUAGCGAUACAGCCCCAGCGCGCCGGGCACUGAGUCCCUGGAGCACGGCGUGGGGCGCCUGGCGCAGACACGACUCAGGCCCGGGUCGGUCUCCGGCCAGAAAGAACUAUGUUCCGGCCGCGCGGGUCGCGGGCCCAGGAUGCAUCACUGCAGGCCUCCAUCCUGCCUCGGCGGAAGUCUGCAAGAAUCCUGCGGGCGUCCUCCAGAGCGAGCAGAGGAGGAGCUCAGCGCCGAGGCCCAAGCGCGCCGCGCCGUCGCCCCUCCCCGUGCCCCUCCGCCGCUGCUCCCCUCAAAAAGGGGAGACCUGGACGCUGCCCGGUGGCCUCGGCGGGGGCCCUGUGCUUAGCGGCUCUGAAUCCCAAGUGAGAAGAAUGAAACGUCCUGACGCUGUCCGGCUUCCGGUUCUUGGAGAGGGCGGGAACUCUCCGCCGAGAGAACUGUGCGGAGCCGGGAAGCGCUGGCGCUCCUUCGCUUUCACGGCACUAAGCGAAAUCCGACUUUAAACCAAGUAAAGCCGGCUGCCUGCUGGAGUAUUUUUGUCAUAGUAUUUUUAUUUUGGGAUCAGGGUAUUCUGCUGCGGACCCCGAGUCCCAAUGGAGGAGGCUUAUAACCGCGGAAAGCAAUUUUUUUUUUUUUUUUUAAAGAAUUGCUGAGUUUUCCGGAUUGUACUUUCAAAAACUUUCCUUAAACUUUGCGUGGCGUGUGUGUGGCAGAAACUGGUGUCUACACGUUACAAAAGUGUACUGUUUACACCUAUUUGUGAUGCACCCAUCGUGGUUUUUUUUUCCAUGGACCACCUAUUAAACUUCCUGCUGGAGCGCUCUUGGCUCCCUUCCUGCUUUCGGGGCCACAUCCUGUUGUAAAUCGGUGCUACUUGUGGGGUUUUGUUUGUGGAUUGGGAAUAUUUAAGGAACAAUUUAUCGAAACAACUGAAGACUUUGUUUCCUCCUUUGGGUUUUACUUUUUACAUAAAUUCGGUUAGGAAAAAGCAUUAUUUUGCUAGUAGAGUUCAAAUUCAAAUACCCAGACUGUAGAUUCUCCAAAUGCCUUUCUCACCAGGGAGGGCAGCUCCCAGGAGUAGUGACGGCAGGUAAGCUGGGAUAGGCUGACUUCAUCACCUUGUAGGUGGGGAAGGCCAGAGUGGAUAGUCUGGCCAGGCCUCCACAGCUGAGCCAGCUUCUGGGUGGCGGGGGAGAUGAGAACGAGAGGCAGGUUCCAGUAUCCUCUGGACUUGCAGGAAGGCAGGCAUUCUGCGUAUCGCUGAGCACUGCGGUGAGCGUUCCGUUUACUCAUGUAUUCCUGCCUUUUUCUUUCUCUUGGUUCUCUUGUCCCUGAGCCACCUUGUCCACUCUUUCUAUUCCCUUAGUGCCUUUCCAUCUAUCUCUCCUGAGUGCCCAACCUGAAACUGCACCCAAGAGUUAAAAUCUCUUAAAAUCUCACCGUCUUGCAGAAAGAAAUUGAGGCUGGUUUAAAGAUCCUCAGCAAAAGAGAGUGGGCUGAGGUUCCCCCAUACCAGUUGGAUUCAGAGAGAGCCUCUUGUAGGGAGGCCUCAUGUGGUCUUCACCUGGACCUCAGCAUGUGAGCCCUCCUUUAACAGAGAGCUCGCCCAAGACCACAGUGCUUGUUAAAGGUGGUCUCAACCCCGUCUAAGCUUCCCACUACCCCGUGUCUGAGGGCAAAAACCCCUCUUUGCAACCUGAAGACACACUCAAGAUGGAAGACUGUCAAGGCCAUCCCUGCCAGAUUCCAUUAAUGUGGUCCUAAUGGGCCACACCAGCAGAAACAAGCUGCGUUGUAUUCCUUUGAAGAAAACUAAGUCCGCCUCAGAAACUGGCAGACCCUGUAAUCUUCAGAGGUAGUAUUUAAAAAAGCACACCUGCCUCAAAGAAAGCCCCCUGGUUCAUCCACGGAAGCAUCGCAGAAGCCUCUCUGUAUUAGGGGCAGCUUUACGGCACUCUGGGCCCCUUUUGCUCUUGACCAGGGCCGACGCCAAAGGCUAGAUGGUGCACGCUUCCAGGUAGCGUAUCACUAGUGGUUCACAGAAGCGAAAGCAAUGGGGCCACCUCCCCCUACAAGUCCCUGCCCUCGGAGCAAGUGGCCAGUGCCCAUGGUGCCUCAAGGCAGCAGCUGCCCCUCCUGCCCCCUCCCAGUCUCUUUCCUGCAGUAUCUGGGGACAGACAGGUGAUGGGGUGUCACACUAGUUACUAUUGAGCGAAUUGAAGAAAAUCCACAUGGAAGGUUAACAUCUACCAUACCUCACUUUCCCCUCUCCUGAUUGUAAAUGUCUAAUCGUUCCCUCCAACCCCUGUGGGCAAACAUAUCCAUGCAUUCUUUUUGAGUUCUAGCUACUGGUCAGUAGUUCUGAGUGUAGGAUUGACAUGGUGGGACACCGCCAAGGUCCCUGGGGCCUAGAGGUCCAGCGUGCCCGCCUCCUUUCCUCGCUGUGCUCCUUCGGCUCCCCCCACCCCACGCUCUUGGUUUCUGGCGCCGAGCUUGGGGUGGGGAGGCAGCUGGGUAGGGUCUUCAAGUUGGAGAGAAACCCCGCCGACGCCUGGACCCCGCCGCUCCCUGCCACUCCCAGCGGAGGGCGUCAGGGGCUUGCGAUUUGAGAAAUACAAUCUGAAAGAGAAAACUUGGGCCUUUUCUUCCAUUAUCCUCUGUCCCCGCCCCCCACACCUCUUACAAAUUUAGCCCAGGAGCUUCCUAUCCCCACCGACUUGAAGGGUUUAUCGGUCUUAAGAGCGAAAUCUGGCGGAGUGCAGUCCCUCAGGGCUAGCAUCCACGUUCCGCCUUUGCCCUGCCCGAGCUGUUCCGAGGGAUCCCCGCAAGGGCAGCGCUCCAGCUUUCACCCUUGGGGUCGGGGAAAUAAGGCAUCCACAAAGGAUGCAACCAAGUCAUCGUCAGUGCAGACCCAAAGGACGCACCCGAAGUGCAGGUAGGGAAGGCGGGCGCAUGCGCGCAGUACGGGGUUAGGCUUCCCAGCCUGGGGCGCCGCUCUAGCCCCGCAGCGUCUCGGUGGCUGGCCUCGUCCUCCGCCUGCCGCGCGGGGGCGCCGCUCUAGCCCCGCGCCGUCUCGGUGGCCGGCCGCCCACUCCGCGGUGUUCGGGGAAAUGGCUGCGAGACCCUACAGGCCUGCGGCCUGCGGAGCUUACUCCAUGGGAACAGCCUCUAGAUAAUCCGAGUUGUUGAAAAUACGAAGCCUGUUACUCGUGAAUAGUGGCUGACAACAGUGUUGUUGUGAGCCUGGCUGUCUGCUUGGACCAAGAGGUUUCGUCUGCCAGGGUUUUUUGGUUGUAUUUAGGAUUUCAGGGAAAAGUGUCCAAGCUUUCAGUGUUGGAGCAGGUAUGGAUGACAAAGGUGACCCGAGCAAUGAGGAGGCACCUAAGGCCAUCAAACCCACCAGCAAAGAGUUCAGGAAAACAUGGGGUUUUCGAAGGACCACUAUCGCCAAGCGAGAGGGCGCAGGGGAUGCAGAGGCUGACCCACUGGAGCCGCCGCCCCCACAGCAGCAGCUGGGCCUGUCCCUGCGGCGCAGUGGGAGGCAGCCCAAGCGCACUGAGCGUGUGGAGCAGUUCCUGACCAUUGCGCGGCGCCGCGGCAGGAGGAGCGCGCCCGUCUCCCUGGAGGAUUCUGGUGAGCCCACGUCCUGUCCCGCCACAGAUGCUGAGACAGCCUCCGAGGGCAGCGUGGAAAGUGCUUCUGAGACCAGAAGCGGCACCCAGUCUGCUUCCACGCCUGUGAAGGAACGACCAACCUCUUCUGAAAAGGUGAAAGGAGGGGAUGACCAUGAUGACACCUCCGAUAGUGACAGCGAUGGCCUGACCUUGAAAGAGCUUCAGAAUCGCCUUCGCAGGAAGCGGGAACAGGAGCCCACCGAGAGGCCCCUGAAAGGGAUCCAGAGUCGCCUGCGGAAGAAGCGCCGGGAGGAGGGUCCUGCUGAAACUGUGGGCUCCGAGGCCAGUGACACUGUGGAGGGUGUCCUGCCCAGUAAGCAGGAGCCCGAGAAUGAUCAGGGGACUGCGUCCCAGGCUGGGAAAGACGACAGAGAGAGUAAGUUGGAGGGAAAGGCGGCUCAGGACGUCAAAGAGGAGGAGCCUGGAGACUCGGGCAGACCGAAGCCUGAAUGUGAGGGUUAUGACCCCAAUGCCCUAUAUUGCAUUUGCCGUCAGCCUCACAACAACAGGUUUAUGAUUUGCUGUGACCGCUGUGAAGAAUGGUUUCAUGGCGAUUGUGUGGGCAUUUCUGAGGCUCGAGGGAGGCUUUUGGAAAGGAAUGGGGAAGACUAUAUCUGCCCAAACUGCACCAUUCUGCAAGUGCAGGAUGAGACUAAUUCAGAAACCGCAGAUCAGCAAGAAGCUAAAUUGAGACCUGGAGAUGCUGAUGGCACCGAUUGUACAAGUAUAGGAACAAUAGAGCAGAAGUCUAGCGAAGACCAAGGGAUAAAGGGUAGAAUUGAGAAAGCUGCAAAUCCAAGUGGCAAAAAGAAACUCAAGAUCUUCCAACCUGUGAUAGAGACGCCUGGUGCCUCAAAAUGUAUUGGCCCCGGGUGCUGUCAGGUGGCGCAGCCCGACUCCGUGUACUGCAGUAAUGACUGUAUCCUCAAACAUGCUGCAGCGACAAUGAAGUUUCUAAGCUCAGGUAAAGAACAGAAGCCAAAGCCUAAAGAAAAGAUGAAGAUGAAGCCAGAGAAGCCCAGUCUUCCAAAAUGUGGUGUUCAGGCAGGUAUUAAAAUCUCUUCUGUGCACAAGAGACCAGCUCCAGAAAAAAAAGAGACCACAGUGAAGAAGGCAGUGGUGGUCCCUGCGCGGAGUGAAGCACUCGGGAAGGAAGCAGCUUGUGAGAGCAGCACGCCGUCGUGGGCGAGCGAUCACAAUUACAAUGCAGUAAAGCCAGAAAAGACUGCUGCUCCCUCGCCGUCACUGUUGUAUAAAUCCACGAAGGAAGACAGGAGGUCCGAGGAGAAAGCGGCAGCCACGGCAGCCCCAAAGAAAACAGCCCCUCCGGGCUCUGCAGUGGGCAAGCAGCCUGCACCUAGAAACCUCGUGCCAAAGAAAUCUUCUUUUGCUAAUGUGGCAGCAGCCGCGCCAGCCGUUAAAAAGCCACCCUCAGGUUUCAAGGGCACCAUCCCCAAGAGGCCAUGGCUCUCCGCUACCCCAUCGAGUGGCGCUUCAGUUGCCAGGCAGGCAGGACCGGCACCUGCAGCUGCCUCCAAGAAGUUCCCCGGCUCUGCUGCCUUGGUGGGAGCCGUAAGGAAGCCAGUGGUACCUUCUGUUCCAACGGCCUCGCCAGCCCCAGGACGCCUCGGGGCUAUGAGUGCUGCCCCAUCGCAGCCAAAUUCACAAAUUCGGCAAAAUAUCAGACGCUCCUUAAAAGAGAUUUUGUGGAAAAGAGUCAAUGACAGCGAUGACUUGAUCAUGACAGAAAACGAAGUAGGAAAAAUCGCCCUCCAUAUUGAGAAGGAGAUGUUUAACUUGUUUCAAGUUACAGAUAAUCGCUACAAGAGUAAAUACCGCAGCAUCAUGUUCAACCUGAAGGACCCUAAAAAUCAGGGACUCUUCCACCGUGUUCUGCGUGAGGAAAUCUCUUUGGCAAAACUUGUGAGACUGAAGCCAGAAGAACUUGUAUCUAAAGAGCUUUCCACGUGGAAAGAGAGGCCGACGAGAUCUGUGAUGGAGUCCAGAACUAAACUGCACAAUGAAAGCAAGAAGACGGCCCCCAGGCAGGAGGCCAUCCCCGAUCUGGAGGACUCUCCGCCAGUGUCAGAUUCAGAGGAACAGCAGGAGUCAGCACGUGCUGUCCCUGAGAAGAGCACAGCACCGCUCCUCGACGUCUUCAGCUGCAUGUUGAAAGACACCACCAGUCAGCACCGCGCACACCUCUUCGAUCUCAACUGUAAAAUUUGCACAGGCCAGGUUCCCUCUGCAGAAGAUGAGCCAGCUCCAAAAAAACAAAAAUUGUCAGCUUCUGUUAAGAAAGAAGACUUAAAAUCGAAACCUGACAGCUCUGCCCCUGACCCAGCUCCUGAUCCAGCUGAUGAGGUGAUGCCGGAGGCUCUGCCUGAAGUUGCCUCUGAGCCAGGCCUGGAAAGUGUUUCUCAUCCAAACGCAGACAGAACAUACUUCCCUGGGCCUCUAGGAGAUGGUCAUCCCGAGCCCUCCCCGCUGGAAGACCUGUCCCCCUGCCCAGCCCCUUGUGGGAGUGGGUUGGUCACCACCGUCACAGUGUCCGGCCGGGACCCCAGGACCGCUCCAAACAGUUCAUGCACAGCCGUGGCCUCCGCAGCAGCCCGCCCAGACAGCACCCACGUGGUGGAAGCCAGACAGGACGUGCCGAAGCCUGUCUUGACGUCUGUGAUGGUGCCCAAGUCCAUACUAGCUAAGCCGUCCUCAUCUCCCGACCCAAGAUACUUGUCAGUUCCUCCGUCACCAAACAUCAGCACCUCAGAAUCACGGUCCCCUCCAGAGGGAGACACGACCCUCUUUUUGUCUCGACUCAGCACCAUUUGGAAAGGAUUUAUUAACAUGCAGAGUGUGGCAAAAUUUGUCACUAAGGCGUAUCCUGUCUCUGGGUGUUUUGAUUACCUCAGUGAGGAUUUGCCUGACACGAUCCACAUUGGUGGGAGGAUUGCACCGAAGACAGUUUGGGAUUAUGUUGGCAAACUCAAGUCUUCUGUGUCUAAGGAGCUCUGUCUGAUCCGCUUCCACCCCGCCACAGAGGAAGAGGAGGUCGCCUAUAUCUCUCUCUACUCCUAUUUUAGCAGCCGUGGCCGCUUUGGUGUUGUAGCUAAUAACAACAGGCACGUCAAGGACCUCUACCUGAUCCCACUGAGCGCCCAGGACCCUGUUCCAUCCAAACUCUUGCCCUUUGAGGGACCAGGUCUUGAGUCACCACGUCCGAAUAUAAUUCUUGGAUUAGUAAUCUGCCAAAAAAUAAAACGUCCUGCAAACACUGGAGAGUUAGACAAGAUGGAUGAAAAGCGAACCCGACUUCAACAAGAGGAAGCGGACGUUGCGGCCUAUCCAAAAGUAACCACGGCCCCGCAGUCCGAAAAGAAGCCCUCCAAGUAUCAGCUCUACUCUGCAGACACGGCUGUCAGCAGCACACCCCCUGGGUCGCCUCCCCCUCCGCCCCCUCUUCCAGAACCGCCGGUGCUAAAAGUGUUGUCAUCCCUCAAACCUGCAGCCACCAGCCCAGCCACAGCAGCCACAACAGCAGCAGCAGCCUCCACGGCAGCUUCCGCCGCCGCUUCCUCUGCUUCCAAAACAGCGUCACCACUGGAGCACAUCCUGCAGACUCUCUUUGGAAAGAAGAAAUCAUUCGACCCCUCUGUCCGGGAGCCGCCUGGGUCCACCGCAGGUCUCCCCCAGGAGCCCAAAACCACAGCAGAGGAGGGGGUGCCGGCGCCUCCGCUGUUAGAUCCGAUCGUCCAGCAGUUCGGUCAGUUCUCAAAAGAUAAGGCCCUAGAGGAAGAGGAGGAUGACAGGCCAUACGACCCCGAGGAGGAAUAUGACCCCGAGAGGGCUUUCGACACUCAGCUUGUGGAGCGAGGCCGGCGCCACGAGGUGGAAAGGGCCCCUGAAGCAGCUGCAGCCGAGCGGGAAGAGGUGGCCUACGACCCCGAGGAUGAGACCAUCUUAGAAGAAGCGAAAGUGACCGUUGAUGACUUGCCCAACAGGAUGUGUGCCGACGUGAGAAGGAACUCCGUGGACAGGCCAGCUGAGCCGGUGGCUGGGGCCGCCACGCCCUCCUUGGUGGAACAACAGAAGAUGCUAGAAGAGCUGAACAAACAGAUCGAGGAGCAGAAGAGACAGCUGGAGGAGCAGGAAGAAGCUCUCAGGCAGCAGAGGGCCGCAGUCGGGGUCUCCAUGGCCCACUUCUCAGUGUCGGACGCCUUGAUGUCUCCACCACCAAAGUCAUCCUUGCCCAAGGCGGAGCUGUUCCAGCAAGAGCAGCAGCCCGCAGACAAGCCCACCUCCCUGCCCCCCGCCAGCCAGGCAUCAAACCACAGAGACCCACGGCAGGCAAGGCGCCUGGUCGCCGAGGCCGGUGACGGGGAGGGGGAGCCUCUCUCCAGGCUUUCGGCACGUGGUGCCCAGGGUGCCCUGCCUGAGAGAGAUGCUUGCAGGGGCAGCCUUGUGGGCCAGGCACCCGUGCCAGUCCUGGAGGAAAAGGAGCCAGCCUCUUCCCCCUGGGCUUCAGGUGAAAAGCCCCCAGCGGGGUCCGAGCAGGACGGCUGGAAGGCAGAGCCUGGGGAGGGCACCCGCCCUGCCACGGCUGGAGACAGCUCGGCCAGGCCUGCCCGGAGGGUGCUGCUGCCCACACCACCCUGUGGUGCCCUGCAGCCCAGCUUCCCGCUGCAGCACGACGGUGAGAGGGACCCUUUCACCAGCCCGGGGUUCGCGUCGCAGGACAAGGCACUUGGCUCAGCUCAGUAUGAGGACCCAAGAAAUCUUUCUGUUGGAAGGAGCAGCAGCCCUGCAGUUGAAACAGAGGGGGACAGAGAGCCACAGGCCAGACCCGGCGAGGGCACCACCCCGCUCCCCACCCCAGGACAGAAAGGGGGGGGCGCUCAGCCCCAGUUUCAAGGUCAGCGUGAACCUGGACCUCAUGCUUUGGGGAUGUCAGGGCUUCAUGGCCCCAAUUUCCCGGGACCAAGGGGGCCAGCCCCUCCGUUUCCAGAAGAGAGUAUCACCUCUAACGAUGGGCCACGAGGGCCUCCGCCAGCCAGAUUUGGAGCCCAGAAGGGGCCCAUCCCUUCCUUAUUCUCGGGGCAACAUGGGCCACCUCCUUAUGGGGACAGCAGAGGCCCCUCACCCUCUUACCUUGGUGGACCACGAGGAGUGGCACCAUCCCAAUUUGAAGAACGCAAGGAUCCCCAUGGGGAGAAGAGGGAGUUCCAGGACGCCCCGUAUAACGAGGUCUCGGGCACCCCCGCCCAGUUUGAAGGGACAGAGCAAGCCCCGUUUCUGGGAGGCAGAGGCGGCGCGCCUUUCCAGUUCGGAGGCCAGAGAAGGCCGCUGCUGUCCCAGCUGAAAGGCCCCCGAGGCGGCCCCCCUCCCUCUCAGUUUGGAGGUCAGAGAGGACCACCCCCUGGCCAUUUCGUGGGCCCAAGAGGGCCCCAUCCUAGUCAGUUUGAAGCUACCCGGGGCCCUCAUCCCAACCAGUUCGAAGGACCCAGAGGCCAGGUCCCUAACUUUAUGCCAGGUCCCAGGGGCAUUCAGCCUCAGCAGUUCGAAGACCAGAGGGUCCAUUCACCACCAAGAUUCACAAACCAAAGGGCGCCAGCACCGCUGCAGUUUGGUGGACUACGGGGGUCUGCGCCCUUUUCUGAAAAAAACGAGCAGACCCCGUCGCGAUUUCACUUCCAGGGCCAGGCCCCGCAGGUGAUGAAGCCGGGCCCCAGGCCCCUGCUGGAGCUCCCCAGCCACCCCCCGCAGCACCGGAAGGACCGCUGGGAGGAGGCCGGCCCGCCCUCCGCGCUCUCCUCCAGUGCGCCCGGGCAGGGCCCCGAGGCCGACGGACAGUGGGCAUCGCCCGACUUCCGAGAGGGCAAAGGCCACGAAUACAGAAACCAGACUUUCGAAGGGAGGCAGAGGGAGCGCUUCGACGCGGGCCCCAAAGAGAAGCCGCUGGAGGAGCCCGACGCCCAGGGCCGGGCGUCCGAGGACAGGAGGAGAGAGCGCGAGCGCGGCCGAAACUGGAGCCGAGAGCGGGACUGGGACCGGGCCCGGGAGUGGGACCGACACCGGGACAAGGACUCCAGCCGGGACUGGGACAGAAACCGGGAGAGGAGCGUCAACCGUGACCGAGAGCGCGAGGCCGACCGGGGCAAGGAGUGGGACCGCAGCCGGGAGCGGAGCAGGAACCGAGAGCGCGAGCGAGACCGGAGGCGCGACCGGGACCGGUCCCGGAGCAGAGAGCGGGACCGAGACAAGGCCAGGGACAGGGAGCGGGGCCGCGACCGCAAAGACCGGAGCAAGAGCAAAGAGAGCGCUCGGGACCCGAAGCCCGAGGCCUCGAGGGCCUCCGACGCCGGUGCCGCCUCGCAGGCCUAGACGCCCCGGCCGGGCAGAGACCCUUUUUAAAGCCACGUUCGUAAAAUGCGUUGAACAAAUAGCUUUUGAAAUAGCCACGAUCUUAGAUUCAGGAUAGAAUAUUCUGGACUUAAAAAUUACUGUAAUUUUGUGUAAAUGGUUUCUUACUAGAUUUCACAUCUUUACAAUUCUGAUGCUUUUUUUAAAAAAAACUAAACUUUAAUAUUUCCAUUUAAAGUUAAAGAAAUGGGAAAUUGCCUACAGAGCAUAUUGCUUUUUCAGAUCAUAAAGUUACCUUUUUCAAUAACUUGACUAUUGUAAAUUUUAAGGGAAUUUCAUUGGACCCUAGAGCCAUACCUUCACUGACAUCUCAUCUGUUUGUGUUUCCAGAAGCUGCUUUUACAGGUCUUAGCCGCUGUCCCGGAGGCCGGUGUGGGUGUGACCCGCAGGCGUCCACCCUGCGGCUGGGGAGAAGUGUUAGUAGCUUGUAUCUGGAGUCUUGAGAAACACAAAACUUACAAAUGCAUCUUUCUUUUGUCAUAAAAUUUGAAUUGCAAUUUUCAACUGGGAAACAAACACACAUUUCUUAGCGAGCUCAGCUUUUAUAUGUCACCUUAUCAAUUUUUUCAAAAACAUGAUUUAAAGCAACAUCUGUCCUAGUAUAAUUGUUGCAUUUUAAAUAACAAUUUAUUGAAAAACGUUAAGUUUGACCAGCCUAAAAAAAAGUAACAAACCAAUUAAGUGUACUUUGGGGGCGGGGAGGAGUCCUUGAUCUGAAUAAUCGGAAGGUUUUGUUCGUCCAGUUUCACCUUCUGAGCAGUUCUGUGUCCCGAGAAAAGUGCAGUCAGCCUCAAACUGGUAUUUGUCAGAUGAUCCAUUUAAAAGUUUGUCCUUGAAAGUGGAACAAUACUCGUAUAAAGUCUGAGAUGAGAAAUAGUGAUUAUUAGCUCAAGAACUGCAAAUGAGAUAGGAAGCUGUUCACUGUGAAACAGUCUCUUGCUUGUGUAUUUUUUGAGUACUUCUGAAGUGUGAAGUAAAAAACAUCUGGCUAAUUUAUUUGUACAAAUACACUUUGAUAAUUUUUUAUAUUUUCAUAAAGUUACUUUUACAGAUAUAAAAUUAAAGAACUUCACUUGUCCUUUGGAGUCUGUUAUUCCAUUGUACGUCACUACAGAUUUUUCACUUUAUAGCACAGAUUUCUUAAGUUAAGAAAACAUUGAGAACGUAUCAGUUUGAGAUGUUUGGUGUUGAAAGCCAAGUGUCCAUAGGUUAAAUUACAUUAAAGUAGGUGUCACUUUCCAACAUCUAGUACGAUGUGAAGGUUUUUUCUGUUUGUUUGUUUAACAUAUAAAGCAAAUUUUUCUAAUUUAAAUACACAAAUGUAAAAAUCAAGUGUGUUUCUUUAGUUUACUUGAUAGAGAUUCCUGUAAAUUGUAUUUUAUAUUGCGGAGGCUUAUAUCACUGUACAUGAGAACAUGGAACGACGUAGGUUUUGUUACUCGCAGUAGAAUAAACAGCCACAGGAAGUUUG